AUGUAUCAAGGUAAAGCUCUUAACAAAAUAAUAAAAAUAAUUACCGAUCGGAAUCAAUUAAAAGAUUAUGAACCAAAUAUAGUAAUGACCUAUAUGAUUAAAAUACUUUUUUAUCAUGGAGAAAUAUCUAAAGAAAAUGUGUGUGAAUGGAAACGUCGACGAAAAAUGCGAUUUGCACAAAAUUGUUAUCGUUCUUUGUUGAAAUUAUAUGUUCCUGCAAAAACGGAACAAGUUGUACAUGCUGUUAUUAAUACAAUUAAUGAAGAUAAACUGUGGAAAUUUGAAACUUUUUGUCUGGAGAUAACAAAUAUCUUAUUGGAAUAUAGUGUUAAUGGUUCAGUAGUCGUUCAUACAAUCUGUGACUUAAUAGAAUCAAAUAGAAUAAAUACGAAUGUGUAUGACAACAGAGCUAUUGUCAAAAUUCUAUAUGAAAUAUUAGAUACUUAUAAAUGGCCAGAAAUUAAUGACACAGUAACUGCGAUAGAAAGACUUUUAAACUUAUUUUAUAAAACUUUAAAAAAUACAAAUGCAUAUGAUACAUUAAUUCCUUGUAAAAAACUUAAAAAAGGUUUAGAAAUAUGUCUUAGAAACAUGAUUAAACAUUUAUCCAAUGAUCAACUUCUCAUUGUUAUACAUCGUAUGUGCUCAUGGACUAUGCAAAAAGAUAUAAAUGAUAAUAUUAUAUUGGAAUUUGGUGGUAUUUUAGAAUAUACAGCUUAUACGCAUCAAGCGACUCUGUAUGAAAAAACUUUAACACCAACAAUAUUUUCACUAUUGAUGCAAAUGAUAGCAUCGAAUAGUAAAAUAAUCAGCUUAUUAGGUAAUAGAGUUAUGCAAUACUUGAUUGAUCGGAAUGGAAAUAGAUUACAUUUUGACACUCCUAAAAUUUUCUUUGAAAAUAUAGACUUCGGUUUAAAAUUUAGCAAUUGUUAUAACGAAGAUAAAAUAUUCUUUAAAGUUCAUCGUGAAAUUCUACAUGAUAGUUUACUUAAAAGUAUAUUGAAUCAUCGUACAUCCCGCAUGAAUUUAGAAACUAGUUAUUGCACAAUAUGUAUCAUAGCAAUUGAAGUACCUUGCGGUUUCAUGGCUGCAGCAUUAGUUUGUUUAACUAUGAACUUACAAGAUUUGAUUUUACAAGAAAAUAAUCUUCAUAACAUAGCAGAUCAUCAUAUACAUGCUGUUGUUAUAUCAAUUAUGUCUCUUUUAUGUUGGAUUCAUAAUGCUAAAGUAUUUUAUAAAUACGUCAACAAAAUUAUGAUGGAAAGAGCACAAUGGGCUCCACAUUUAAAUCCACCAAUUCAAACCCAAUAUAAUUUUGUACCUUCGGGAGAAGUCAUAUAA